UGAAAUCUGCCCUUAGGUCUUAUCCACUAUUACGCUUUACUAGUGUUGUUGGUUUGGUUCAGUAAGAUCUCAAACAUGGCUCAGCAGGAAUACAAAAUGCUUAGUGACAAAAUGUUCACCUACAAAGGAACUGUCAUAACUUUGACAGAAAAUUAUGAUCUCACUCCAGAAUAUAUUGACAGUUUAGAGGAUUUUGAAACAAAGGAUGAUGAUGUCUUUGUUGUUACCUUCCCCAAAUCUGGUACGGUGUGGACCCAACGGAUCAUGACGUUAAUAUACGCGGAAGAUUUCCCAGACAAAGCCAACCAAAUCACAUACGAGCAGAUGCCCUGGCUGGAGUAUCGGAUGACAGGGAGAGAUUACAGCACACGUCCAUGUCCGAGACUCUUCUGCUCACAUUUACUCCAGCCGCUGAUGCCCAAAAUGCUGCAAAGAAAAGGAAAAGUCAUCUAUGUCAUGAGAAACCCUAAAGAUGUCAUGGUGUCAUAUUUCCAUUUUUCCAACAACAUGAAAAACCUGGAUUCUUCUGAGAGCUUCAAUGAGAUGCUGGAAAAAUUCUUCACCGGAUGCAUGGUUGGUGGCUGUUGGUUUGACCAUGUUAAAGGAUGGAUCACAAAUAAAGACAAAUACAACAUCCUGAUCCUUACUUAUGAAGAAAUGAUUAAGGUGAGACAGGUUUGGCCUAUGACCCCCUUGACCUUUCCAUCAAACUUUCUUUGGAGUUAUUGUACUGUAUAUAUGUGUGUGUGUGUGUGUGUGUGUAAGGAAUAAUUGACGAUGGGCCGUUGAAUGGUUGUGAUUACACCUAAUAAUUCAAUUCUAAUAAUUACACGGGAUGCUUAUACUUACCUGUCUUUCCUUAGUUAGUUGGUCUUUAUGUUUAUGUGUGU